AUGGAAUUCGCGCAAAUUAGCGGACUAACUGCAUCAGUUCGUCAAUAUAAACAAACAUUAUGGAAUUCUACAAUUUCUAAAAAUUGGUUUACCGAAAGUCUUGUCCAGGAAUCGCUGCUAUUAUACGAUUUGAUUGGAAUAGGAGAAGAGAUUGGAUUUGGGAUCAAUCAUUAUUUCAAAACAUAUAAUAUGACUUUGUAUGAGAAUAAGGAUUUAUCACUAGAGACGAAGAAUUUCAAGUUUUUCAGUACCAUAAAUGACGCCACCAAUUUUAGCGAAAAAUUAUUUAAAUGUUUGUUGCCAGUAACAAACAAGAGGAAUCCAACAUCAUCUUUUAAUCUCGAUCGAGCUCUUAUAAAUUUAGCGAAAGAUUCACCCGACAACACUGUGAAAUUGUUUAAGUUUCGCUUAAAUCAAGCAUUCAUCCGUUCUACACCAAGUAACAGUACAACUAAUGAACAAUUGUACAUGUUGCUAUGUCAUUCACUUGUUGAAAGGGUCAAUCAUUACAGCGCUUGUAUCAAAGAAUUACGACAUUUCGUGACUUGCGUAUCUUUAUCAAGAGAUCAAGACUUGUAUGAAGCAAUCGAUCAUCAUAGAUUUCUUACUAAAUCAUGGUUAACUGUUAUUGAAACUUUAAGUGGAUGUAAGAUUAAUAUCGACAAUGCGAGCAUUAACUGUCAGUUUUAUCGAAGAUUGCCGAAAUCUACAACGCAGCAAGUGAAAUAUAUUUACGAAAAAAUUUUAGACCAACGGAUAUCUAAACGCUCCCCUUUUUAUCUUAUCGUGAAUAAACUCGGGAAUAUUCUUUCGAGAAGCGAAUGGGGAAGACAAUUAACGUACGAUGUGUGUAAGUAUUUUGCAAUUUAUCAGGAAGGCCACAGGAAGUUGAAUAUGCUUUCGAAAAAUGCUGCUAAGGACAAGAGAGUGGCUAUGAGAUAUAAAAAAAUGUCUGUAUCACUAAAUAUAUAUAAAAAUGGUAUAUUAAGUGAAACGAUACUUGCUGUUAGAAACUUUCAUCGUUUUGCAUUAAAAAUGCAACAAUUUCUUAUCAAUGGUAUUAGAAGUUCUUUUAAAGUAUCAUGGCAGAAUCAUUACAACAUUCUCUCCUGCUUGUCUAAAUGGAUGAUGAAACUUUUGGAAUUAUUUGGAUGUGCAGAUUUAAAUGAUACAGACAUCGAAACGUCAACUCCUACUAUUUCGUUAGAUAAUAUAAGUGAGGAGGAAUUUGACGAAAAUGAUCAAAUGAGACAGUUCGUGAAAUAUUCUAAAAGAGAUCAAAUAAGAAAGGAGGCCGAUAACAUUUUUGGAACAUUAAUGCAUUUAAUGAAUCAUGUAAGUAAAGUGCAAAGUCAAAAUUACAGGAGCACGUUAGCAUGUUUGGCAAAUAACUUGCUAUUGGUUACUAUGUUCAUGGAAACAAUUAGCUUUGUUUCUACAUUAUUUUGUUUGGGAGAGCAUAAAGAUGAAUCUAAUCUCGAAGAAUUGACGGAAUCCACCUGGACAUAAACAAUCUCGGUACCAUCAUCGCAAUAUUAUGUACGGGCUGGAUCUAAUAAAAUGGAUAGAGGCGGAUCUGUGCAUAGAGUGACGAACAUUCGCGUAUAUAAUGAUACAUAUCGUUCUUGGUUUUUAAGAUUAUUUUAUCACGACAUCGCACUUCUCGAAGUGAAACCACCAUUUCAUUUUUCGAAAACAAUCAAGCCAGUUCAUUUACCAAGAUCAUCCCACGAAUUGCCAUUUGAACUGUUAGUCUGUGGUUGGGGUUACAUAAAUGAUAAAAAAGUAAAGAAUGCUGAAACUCUAAUGGGCGUUUACGUUCAGCACGUUCCAUAUGAAACCUGUAUUAAUAUUACAUCUUUAUACGCGACACUCGUCAAAGAUGACUAUCAUUUGUGUUACGGAACCCAAGGAAAAGAUGCUUGUUUUGGAGACUCCGGAGGAGCAUUGGCCAGUAGAAGGACAAUUUACGGCAUUGUGUCUUUUGGUCAUGGUUGUGGAAAAGUAGCUGGCGUUUAUGUCAAAGUUUUCUAUUAUCGAGAAUGGAUUAAAUCUGUUAUAAAUUUAUAA